CACAAGUCCCGGAAGCUCUAACUGUAUUUUUUCCUAAGUAACUUACAAAAACCAACAAGGGAAACGGAGCUAUUUAAAUCCAAAGUUUAAUCAAUUAUUUAUUAACUAUAAUCCAUAGUUAAUCUUUCGACAAAGGAAGAACGACUAAACAAACAUCAACUAUGUCCUCGAGUUUGCUCACUAACUACUCUCCCGAACUUUAUGAUGACCAAGAAAAUAAAUUGGACAAGUACUUGCACCAUCUUCAGCUGCCUGAUAAAACUCUGAUGGAUAUAUCAAUAAGGUUUCGACGAGAAAUGGACAAAGGCCUUUGCAGAGAUACUAACCCCACAGCAGCUGUACGGAUGCUGCCUACAUAUGUACUCUCAACACCAGAUAGGACAGAACAAGGAGAAUUUUUGGCUUUGGACCUUGGUGGGUCCACAUUCCGAGUGCUUCUAGUUACCGUUAUGGCUAAUGGCGAGCAAAAAGUGGACAUGGAAAAUCAGAUUUAUGAUAUUCCUGAACAUCUCAAGAGAGGCUGCGGAUCUGAGUUAUUUGACUAUAUAGCUGAAUGCCUGGCUAAUUUCAUGGAGAAGUUAGGAAUAAAGGACAAAAGGCUGCCUUUGGGCUUUACCUUCUCUUUUCCUUGUCAACAGAGCAAGUUGGAUGAGAGUAUAUUGAUCUCCUGGACAAAAGCCUUCAAGGCAUCCGGAGUUGAAGGAAAAGACGUAGUCAAACUUCUGCAGAGAUCUGUGAAGAAGCGAGGGGACAUCAGUGUGGACAUUAUGGCUGUCAUUAAUGACACAGUGGGAGCUAUGAUGACGUGUGGCUAUGAUGAUCAUAAUUGUGAAAUUGGUCUCAUUGUAGGGACAGGAACAAAUGCCUGUUACAUGGAACAAAUGAGGAACCUUGAGUUGCUAGAUCGUGAUGAAGGUCAGAUGUGUGUCAAUACAGAGUGGGGCGCUUUUGGAGAUGACGGUGCCCUGGAGGACCUGCGAACACAUUUUGACAGAGAAAUAGAUGCUGGCUCUCUAAACCCUGGCAAACAGCUUUUUGAGAAGAUGAUAGGUGGAAUGUACAUGGGGGAACUGGUACGUCUCAUCCUUGUGAAAAUGACAAAAGACCAACUACUUUUUAAAGGCAAGACUACAGCUAAGCUCCUAAUGACUGGACAGUUCUCCACCAACUACAUCUAUUCCAUAGACAGUGAAAACAGAGAGGAGGGUCUGUUGAGUGCUGAAAGUGUGCUGAAAGGCCUUGACCUCAACCCAACAAUUGAGGACUGCAUAGCGACCCAGAGAGUAUGUCAAAUGGUUUCUACACGGGCUGCACAUUUGUGUGCAGCUACAUUGGUUGCGGUGCUCCGACAAAUCAGGGACAACAAAGCAGCUGAGAAAUUGCGAACAACCAUUGGAGUGGAUGGCUCUGUAUACAAAAAUCAUCAAGAGUUUUCGAGGAGGCUUCACAAGAUGGUACGGAGACUAGUGCCUGACUGUGAUGUGCGUUUUUUGAGAUCUGAGGUUGGAAGCGGGAAAGGUGCAGCCAUGGUAACAGCUGUAGCCUUACGCCUUGCUGCUCAGAAUGCUGAGCGUCAGCACAUACUUGACAGCCUGCGUUUGAAUGAUGAGCAGCUGAUGGAAGUGAAAAGGCUGAUAAGUGAAAAUAUGGUUCGAGGCUUGUCAAAGAAAGCCCACAAUCAGGCUAGCAUCAAGAUGCUUCCAACAUUUGUUGGCUCGACCCCAGAUGGAUCAGAGCAUGGAGAAUUCUUGGCUUUGGACCUUGGCGGCUCAAGUUUUAGAGUGUUGCUCGUGCGUGUGCACCGUGAAAAGAGACAUGUGGAGAUGCACGCUAAGAACUACAUUAUUCCUCAGGAGACAAUGCAGGGCACAGGAGAAGAGCUUUUUAGAUAUAUUGUGGAUUGCAUGGCCAACUUUUUGGAAAGGAUGGGUUUGAAAGGAGCAUCCUUACCUCUGGGAUUUACAUUUUCCUUCCCCUGUCACCAAACUAAACUGGAUCAGGGAAUUCUUCUGAAGUGGACAAAGGGUUUCAAAGCUACUGGUUGUGAGGGACAUGAUGUUGUUGCAUUACUUAAGGAUGCUGUGCGAUGCCGAGGGGAAUUUGACUUAAGUUUUGUGGCGGUCGUUAAUGAUACUGUAGGAACCAUGAUGACUUGUGGUUAUGAGGACCCUAAGUGUGAGGUGGGACUCAUUGUUGGCACGGGGACCAAUGCCUGUUACAUGGAGGAGAUGGAGAAUAUUGAAAUGGUUGAUGGUGAUAAAGGGCGCAUGUGUGUAAAUAUGGAAUGGGGAGCAUUUGGUGAAAACGGCGAACUAGAUGGUAUCCUCACAAACUUCGAUCGUCUUGUUGAUGCCUCCUCUAACAAUCCUGGAAAACAGAGGUAUGAGAAGAUGAUCAGUGGCAUGUACCUGGGGGAGAUAGUUAGACAUGUGCUAUUGGAUUUCACCGCAAAGGGCUUACUGUUUCGAGGGAAACAGUCUGAGCGACUCAAGACCUGGGGCAUCUUUGAGACAAAAUUCCUGUCACAAAUUGAAAGUGAUCGUCUGGCCAUGCGUCAGAUCCGUUGCAUCUUGCAGCACCUUGGUCUUACCACCUCAACAUGUGAUGACAGUGUCCUCGUUAAAGAGGUUUGCAGCAUUGUCUCCCGCCGGGCAGCACAGCUCUGUGGUGCUGGUUUAGCUGCUGUGGUUGAUAAAAUGAGACAGAAUCGCAACCUGCAGCAGCUCACUGUUACAGUUGGAGUUGACGGCACUCUUUAUAAAAUGCACCCUCAUUUUGCAGGAGUCAUGCAAGAGACAUUGCAGAAUUUGGCACCGCAGUGCAAGGUGACGUUCCAUAAUUCUGAGGAUGGAAGUGGAAAAGGAGCAGCACUCAUAACCGCGGUGGCGUGUAGAAUCAUGAGUAACGCACAGUAGCACAAAUAAAUUUUCUGUAUCUUGUGUGGCUGCAUAGAAUAUCGACCUGUGUCUAUCACAUCUGCUUUGCUGUCGUUCUGAUAACCUCUACUGUGAAUUGCCAUUCAGUGAAUGCUUGUUUGCUUUAAAAAAAUUGCACUACUGUAUUAAAUAAGUUGAAACUUUGGAAAUUGAUGCACUGCCUUGGAUUAGAAAUGUUAUAAGUGACUCUGAAGAUGAAUGAAUAGCAUUGAGAAGUUGACUGAACACAUUCAGACUACCAAUAGUGAAACCCAUUUUCUACAGUUGAUUCAUUUGAACAAGUUGGCCAACCCUAGCUCAACAAGUUUUGCCCUUCAGUACAUUAGAUAGUUGGAUUGGAUUGGAUAGUUUAUGCAUCAUUCAUUAAUGCUUCUCGAAAAAAUUAAUUUCCUGCAUUCUAUGUUUUAUUUUCUUUGCUGUUACAACAGUGCAAAUAACCCCCAUGUGGCAUUAAUAAAGGUUCUUAUCCUAAAGUGUUGUGAUUGUCCAAGGACAACUACAGUUGGUUGCUGUCAAGAGUCACCCAUAAUUUGCAGUAACAGUGAAAACGGCAAUUGAUAACAAUAACACACAUUUGUAAGAUCACUAAACUCUCUAGUUAAAAGACAAACCCACAUGAGCCAGCAAUCGGUGACAGAGACGGUACACAAGAAAGCCCGCGCGUCUCAUCAAACCAUAGAACAUGGUUCCAGUAAUCCUUUUGCUUUGUUGACAUGUCUUCAGCAAACUGUUUGCGGGCUUUGUUGUGUGCAGUCUUCAGAAAAGGCUUCCUCCUGGGGUGACAGCCAUGCAUACCAAUUUGAUGUAGAGUGCAGCGUAUGGUCUGAGCACUAACAGGCUGACCCCCCACCUCUUCAGUCUCUGCAGCAAUGCUGACAGCACUCCUGUAACGAGUCACGUGUCAUUUUGGAGAGAAAAUGGUAGAGAAUGAGUUUCUAGGGGGUGUACUCACUUUUGUUGCCAGGGGUUUAGAUAUUAAUGGCUGUAUUUAGUUAUUUUGAGGGGGAAACAAAUUAACUGUAUUAUAUAAGCUGCACACAGACUACUUUUCAUUGUGUCAAAGUGUCAUUUUGUCAAUGUUGUCCCAUGAAAAGAUAUACUUAAAUAUCUGCAGAAAUGCGAGAGGUGUACUCACUUUUGUGAUACACUGUAUUAGAGCUGUCCCGACUAGUCGACAUAGUCGACGUCAUCGAUGACGUAAAUCCGUCGACGAGCACAACAUCCCGUCGACGGUUAAUGAAGGGUUAAAAAAAAUAUAUGCGUGGAAAGUUAGAAUGUCGGAUGCUCUGUUUGCAAGCGGGGAAAGCGGCACAAAGCCAAAAAAAGCGCACCAGAGUGUCCAAAACUUUGCCUUAUUUCAAAGAAACAAAGGAGAGUACUCUUCUGUCCUGUCUCUUCAAUGCCAAGCUUGGCUGCACGUCGGCCGUGAAUAAACACCUCAAGCGCCUUCACGCAGUUUGUAAUUUUUAUUUUUUUUUUCAUUUUUUGUACACCAGAGGGUGCUGUCGCCUUACUAAAUAAUAAUGUUUCAUUGACAAUGGGCCUUAUAAGUGCUAUUAGUAUUGUUCUUAAUUCUAAUUGAAAGGUUUAUUUCAUGUUAUGGUUUAUUUUAUGGUAUAGAAAAUUAUAUGAGGUUAAAAGGUCAUGAAUAUAUACAGUAUAUACAGUGAUUGCACUCAAGGGAGAGAUUGUCAAUGAUAAGGUAAUAAAUUAAGGUAAAGGCAAUUCAUAUAGGCAAUUCAUUGAUAUAUAAAUAAGGUUUAAAAGGAAAAAGGUGAAAAGUUUUUGUUAAUUUCUAAUUGUGUUGCUUUAUUUGUGUGCACCGUAGCUCUUACAGUGUGUUUACAUCAAGGAUGGAAUAAAAGUUGUAAACCAUCAGUUUAAGAGACCAUCUUUUCAAUCGGGAUGCUACACUAGUUAAUUCUAUCAGCAUUUGAACUCAUUGUUUAUUUGUGAUUUAUUAUUGUUGUUUACGUGUUUAUUUGUACUUUAAUAAAUAAUUUGAGUGUUCCAA